UUCUAUUGGUUCAAUAAAUUGUAUCUCCUUUGAAGAUCACGUAAAUAAUCUCACUAAUUUUAUAGUUAAUAGCGCACAUCCAUCAACAAAAAUAUUUCUAUAUUAUAAAAACUUCUAAAAAUUAUUAUCGGACAUAUAGAUGUAGAACAAAUAACAUUUACUUGCUUCAUUAAGCAAUGUACAACAUAUGUCUCAUUCUCAGAUUUUUGCAAUGAUUAAUUUAAAUAAAUGUUUAUCGUCAUUAUGCAUAAACAAUACAUACACACACACACAUACACACAUAUACAUAUGUAUAUACAUAAUGCAUAUAUUAUAUUAUUUUAUAGAACAAUAGUUACUAAAUCAUAAAUUACCAAAAACGUAGCAUAUUCAGUGAUUAGUCACAACCGAGCAUCCAACAUUUUGAUUACAUAACUAAUUGCUAGAGAUAUUAGUGUCAAAUAAUCUUCACGAGAGCACGUUAACACUGACAAAAGCGUAAUUAAAUUUUGUUAAUUGUAACUCAUAACUCGUAACGCCUUACAAGGACAUAGUAUAACUUAUAAUGGUAAAUUAAAUAUUAAAUAAGAAAAAACAGGAUUGCAUCAGUAACGAAAACUUAUAUUAACGAAGGACGAAGAGAAAAACAUCAGUCGAUUACAAUUUUCCAUCUGUGUAACUUCAUUGAUUCUUUGGGUUUAUAUAUCUAUCUUUUUUUUCUAAUUUACAAUGGAAAUCUCGGAAACGAUCUUGAUAUUGGUAACACUCGUAUUAAGCAUCUAUUACUAUAUUUUCAAGGACUUCAGCUAUUUCAAAAAAAUUGGUAUACCAUAUUCGCAACCAUGGCCAAUAUUGGGCAACAUGGGUCCAAUAUUGUCACAACAAGAAACAAUGGCUGAUGCAAUCAUCAAAGCUUACAAUCUGCAUUCGAAAGCCAAAUACGUCGGUUUUUUCGAAUUCAAUAAUCCAGUAAUAAUAAUACGUGACCCCGAAUUGAUCAAAACGAUCGCGAUUAAGAAUUUCGAGUAUUUCACGGAUCAUCAACCUUUAGCCAACAGUAAACAAGAUCCACUCUUUGGGAGAAUAUUAUUAUCGAUGCGAGGCGACCGAUGGAAACAAACUAGGACUUUGUUGACUCCAGUGUUUACGUUGAGCAAGUUAAAAAAUAUGUUCAAGCAGAUAAACGAAUACGCAGCAGAUUUUACCUAUUAUCUAACAAAAAUUCUGAAAGAUAAGAAGACUAUAGAAAUGAAGGAUAUCUUGACGAGAUAUACCAACGAUGUAAUAGACAUUUGUGCAUUUGGUAUCAAUACUAAUUCGAUGAAAGAUCGAGAAAAUGACAUCUAUACUUUUGGUAGAAUGAUUACCAAAUUUGAAGGCAGUACCUUAUUGAAGUUCUUCUUUAUGCGAAAUUUUCCAAUGUUAACGAGAUUGUUCGAUCUAAAGCUCUUACCCAAAAAGAUCGGUAAUUUCUUCGUGAACGUUAUCGACGAUGUAGUCAACGAUAGAACUCAAAACGGGAUCGUACGACCGGACAUGAUACAAUUAAUGAUGGAAAUUAGGAAAAGGAAAAGUGAAAUGGGAGAAGACCUGAUUAAUUUGCCUUGUCAGGCAUUUGGCUUCUUUAUCGCUGCCUUCGAAAUCGUUGGGACGUGCAUCUGUUGCGCUUGUCAUGAAAUUGGCGUCAAUUCGGACGUACAAAAAAGAUUACAGCAAGAGAUCGACGAGGUCGUUGAAACGACUAAUGGUGAUUUAACUUAUGACGCUAUUAACAGCAUGAAAUACCUAAACGCUGUGAUAAACGAAUCCCUACGAAAAUAUCCGUUCAAUACAUUCCUCGAUAGACAAUGCACCAAGAAUUACGAGCUACCAUCGAAUUUACCAGGUGGCAAACCCUUACUCCUGAAAAAAGGCACGAAUAUAUGGUUCCCGAUUUAUGGACUACAUCAUGAUCUCAAAUAUUUCGAUGAUCCGUACAAAUUCGAUCCCGAAAGAUUCAUAAAACACGAAAAGGAAAUUCUUAAUUCCGGUGUCUACUUGCCCUUCGGAUUGGGACCUAGAAAAUGCAUCGGUGUUAAAUUCGCUUUACUGGAAAUGAAAGUCGUGAUAUUCCAUUUAUUGGCAAGAUUUGAUUUUAAACCUUCCUACAAAACUUUCAAUCCUAUGAGAUUAUCCAAGAAACAAAUCAGCACAAACGCCGAAAAUGGUUUUUGGAUGGAUUUGAUCGAAAGAGAUGACGUUCAUCCGGCUGUUAAAAAUUUUUUUACAUGCAAUAACCCUCCUUAUGAUAAUAUUAAUUCCAAUAAAGCUUAAGAUGUAAACGAAAUAUUUUAAUAAAAAAUGUAUUUAAUUAGGAGAA